CUUUACAGAGCAAACGUCAGAUUUUUAAUCUGUGAUGUCAACGCACAGAACUGUCAAAUAGUAGUGAUUUUCGUUUUUGCAUUUAUCACGUAAACAUAAAAUUUAUUAAAAAUGCCUGCCGGACCCUCAACGAUGGACGGGCUACGUGAAAAAGCCUUCCAGGACUACAGAAAGAAGCUGAUGGAACACAAAGAAGUGGAAUCUAGGCUGAAAGAAAUGAGAGAUAAACUAAAAGACAUUACCAAACAGUAUGACAAGAGUGAGAAUGACCUGAAAGCUCUGCAGAGUGUCGGUCAGAUUGUUGGAGAAGUGCUGAAGCAGCUUACUGAAGAGAAAUUCAUUGUGAAAGCAACAAACGGUCCUCGCUAUGUGGUUGGGUGUCGCAGACAGCUGGACAAGCAGAAGCUGAAGGGAGGCACCAGGGUCGCCCUGGAUAUGACCACACUUACCAUCAUGAGGCAUUUACCCAGAGAGGUUGAUCCUCUAGUAUACAACAUGAGCCACGAAGACCCUGGUGAUGUCACAUACUCCGCUAUUGGAGGUCUGCAGGAACAGAUCCGACAGCUAAGAGAGGUGAUUGAGUUGCCACUGAUGAACCCCGAGCUGUUUGUCCGCGUGGGCAUCACUCCGCCCAAGGGCUGCCUGCUGUACGGGCCGCCCGGCACCGGGAAGACUCUGCUCGCCCGGGCUGUGGCCUCACAACUUGACGCCAACUUCUUGAAGCCUCCCUCGAUGAAUGCACUAUCCAACACAAAAAGAAUUUUUCAAAUCGGUCCAGUAAUUCCCGAGAUAUGCGCGUUCAAACAAAUAAACUCUUUAGAGUGCCAAGCACGAAUAACUAUCGCAUCCGUAACGUGGAUACAGUUUGCGUCGCUGAUUGCGUAUCUAGUUCUCUCCAACAAAGCCUCCUGCCACCACUACAUCAAUAUUUCACCAUCCACAUUAACUCCGCAGGUGGUAUCGUCGGCCAUAGUCGACAAGUACAUCGGCGAGUCUGCGCGUCUCAUCCGAGAGAUGUUCAACUACGCGCGCGACCACCAGCCCUGUAUUAUAUUCAUGGACGAGAUCGAUGCUAUUGGUGGCCGUCGUUUCUCCGAGGGUACAAGUGCUGACCGUGAGAUUCAGCGUACAUUGAUGGAGUUGCUGAACCAGAUGGACGGGUUCGAUUCCCUGGGGCAAGUGAAGAUCAUCAUGGCCACCAACCGACCUGAUACCUUAGACCCUGCUCUCCUCAGACCUGGUAGACUGGACAGGAAGAUUGAGAUUCCACUGCCUAAUGAGCAGGCUAGAUUAGAAAUUCUGAAAAUCCACGCGGCGCCCAUAGCUAAGCACGGUGAGAUGGACUACGAGGCGGUGGUCAAACUGUCGGAUACAUUCAACGGGGCUGACCUUAGAAACGUCUGCACGGAAGCCGGACUGUUCGCUAUACGUGCCGAGAGGGAGUAUAUUAUUCAGGAGGACCUAAUGAAGGCAGUCCGCAAGGUGGCCGACAACAAGAAGCUGGAGAGCAAACUAGACUACAAGCCUGUCUAAUUAUUUUAUACCCAUUAUUAUAAUUGUGUAUCUCCGUUUUACUUACUAAUAUAGUUAUAUUGCCUUUGUA